AUGUUUGAACUUAUUUUGGGAGUAGCAGCUGUUGUGUUAUUUAUAAUUUAUGUAACUGGCCGAUACAAUGAAGCCUACUGGAUUAAGAGAAAUGUAAAAUUCUAUCCUCGAAACAAGUUCGCGGGUGUAAUUGCUGAUUUUUUAACUCAAGAUAAAGCGUUCUUUGAGCAUUUUUAUGAAAUUUAUAAGGAAUAUGAAAACGAACCAGCUAUAGGAAUAGGAGGGUUAAUGACUCCCACGUUGUACAUUAUUGACCCAAUAAAUAUCCAGCAUGUAUUGUCCACAGAUUUUAACUCUUUCAAUCACAGAGGGAUAAUUUUCAACGAAAGUGAUCUAUUAGCUAAUAACUUACUAUUAUUGAAUGGACACAGAUGGAAACUCAUGCGACAGAACAUGACUCCACUAUUUACAGCCACCAAGUUAAAGUCGAUGUACUAUAUUGUCGAUAAAAGCGCUAAGGAUUUUAUCGAUCACUUGAAAAGUAAACCUGAACUUUUAAAAGGAAACGUAUUUGAUACUUUAUCGUCAUUCUGCAGUGCUGCAAUCGGAGCCGCUGUAUUCGGAGUUGGUACUACGUCCAUUUUCGAUUCGCCAUUCUUAACAAUGGCACAAGAAUCGGUAGCACCAAGCACUAUAAAUAAUAUAAAAUUUUCUAUAUCGAACACAAGCUCUACUUUAUUCAAAUUGUUCAAUAUGAAAUUCUUUGCACAGCACGAAAAGUUUUUUAUCGGCGCAAUCAAACAUAUAAUACAGGAACGUAAACGAGAAAAUAUCAAAAAGCACGACUUUGCAGAUAUUUGUGUAAGUUUACAGAAAAAUGGAAAGUUAAUCGACAAAGAAACAGGCUUGGUACUAGAACCAACGGAUGAGCUUCUGGCGGCGCAAGCGUUUUUCUUCUUCAUAGCUGGUGUGGAACCUACGGCAUCAGCAAUAUUCGCAACACUGUUUGAGUUGGGUCGAAAUCCUGAAUAUUUAGAAAAACUGCAUAAAGAAAUCGACGAAGCGUUUAUCAAAAACGAUAAUCAAAUAAAUUACAAUGUUGUCUGUAAUAUGGCCUACCUCGAUAUGACAUUAAAUGAAGCUAUGAGAAUACACACGCCCGUAGCAUUUUUAUCAAGAAAAUGUGUUAAAGAUACAGUUCUGCCGGUUGGAAAUAUAAAAAUAGACAAAGGAACAAAAAUUUUUACUCCAAUAUUCGAAGUUCAUCAUGAUAAAAGAUAUUUUGAAGACCCUGAGGUUUAUAAACCAGAGAGGUUUUCCCCGGAAAAUAAGCAUAAGAUUGCUGAUAUAACAUUUAUGCCGUUUGGAAAGGGCAACAGAAUCUGUGUGGGUAUGCGAUAUGCUACUUUGCAAGUAAAAGCUGGACUGAUUUACUUGCUUCAUAACUUUACAGUGAAGACGAUCAUUAAAGAAGGUGGAAUGAAGUACAGCAAACAGCAAUUUCAAGUGAGACUUGAAAACGUUGAUCUAGAAUUGGUCCCGAGAUGUGCGCACGAAUAA